AUGCUGUUCGCCGCUUCAUUAGCAACCGCCUUCAUCGCAUCCGCAGCAGCAGCCGCAGUUCCAGAAUGGGACCAGUGGGCGCACGGCCGAGUGCUGGUCAACAACAUCACGAUGCAUUACCGAUGGGCUGGAUCAGGCCCGCCAAUGGUGCUUGUCCAUGGCAAUCCUCAACCCAGUAUCACUUGGCGGCUGCUUGGUCCCAUGUUGGCUCAAAAGUACACAGUCAUUGCGCCUGAUAACCGCGGCAUGGGAGACAGCACGAUCCCGCCCGACGGCGACUAUACCUCAGAGGCCAUGGCUUCCGAUCUCGAGGGCCUCCUAGACUAUCUCAACAUCUCAAAGGCCAGCGUCUUCUCGCACGACAAGGGCGUUGGUGCCGCCGUUGCCCUCGCCAUCAAGAAGCCAUCUCUCGUCAACGCUCUCGGCGUCGUCGAAUACGGCCUGCCCGGCCACGGAUACGAGCAGGCCUGGACGCCCCAAUACAACUGGGACACUUACUCGCUCUACCCGCUUGCCGCCUGGGCCGUCCCAGACGCAGCCGAGCGCUUCCAAAGCGGCCGCGAACGCGAAGCCGUCCUCUCCUUCUUCUUCCACGCCUCUUACACCGGCCUCUCGGGAUUCCCCCUUGACGUGAUUGACCGAGUCGUCGACGAUCUACGCAAGCCCGGCGGCCUUCGAGCCAUGUUUGGCGCCUUUGACGCCAAGAUCAUGGGCAAGGACGCUGCUUUCUUCAGCGUGCUCAACAAGAAGCCGCUGGACCUGCCCUUCCUUGCCCUAGCUGGUGAGGCCAGUCUUGCUUCUGUCCUGAAGCCUGUCUGGGGCCCCAUUGGAAAGAACACGACGCUGGAUAUUGUGCCUCAGGCCGGACACUUUCCUGCCGACGAGAACCCCGAGUGGCUGUUCCAGCGCAUCAACCAGUUCUUCGACCCUCACUUCCACCAACUUAAAAAGGUUGACCUGUCGGUGCUGAAGAACCGCGUCACCUUGGUCUAA